CCUCCUCCUCCUCCUCCGCCACUGACCGGUCCUUGUCUCUCCGUCUCCCCUCUUGCAGGUUUUUGGCUGAAGCGGAGCAGCUACGUGGAGCAGCCGAGCAUCCGCUUUCGGCACGAAGUGCUGUUGCUUCCUUGGCUGCGGGGCGGCGGCGGCGGCGGCGGCGGCGACUUCGUGGGCUGGAGCUCUUUCCCCGCCUGCAACCGUCUCCUGGGCGCCCGCCUGCGCGUCCCGCUCGUCUCGGCUAGAGAGGAAGACAUAAAUCAAGAUGGCAUAAUGGACCUAUUAAAUUUCUGGCUGGAGCUCCCACUACAAUCUAGUGAGGAAAUGGUCGGGAUCCAGCUUCUUCUGACUUUCACCUAUCAGUUGCAGAGGAUGUCCACAUUUGUGAUGCAGAGCAUGGCCUUUCUUCAGUCCUCUUCCCCUGUUCCAGGAUCCCGGGUCUUUGUGAGUGGAGACCUGAAGCUUCAUCAGAGGCAGCCACUUAGCCAUGCUGGGCUGGACAACAGAUACAAUUUAUCUGUGAUCAACGGCACAAGCCCUUUUGCCCAGGACUACGAUUUGGUGAACAUCGUUGCUGCGUAUCAGGAGAGAAACGUCACAACCGUUUUUGCUGGUCCUGGCCCCAUCUGGUCGGUUGGAAGAGCCCCCAGUGAGCCUUUCGUGAUCCAGGCCAUCAUCCGCUACCCAGUAGAACUGAUUGUCUAUCAGCCAGGGUUCUGGGAGAUGAUUAAGUUUGCUUGGAUCCAGUAUGUUGCCAUCCUGCUGAUCUUCCUUUGGAUUUUUGAAAGAAUCAAACUCUUCAUUUUCCGGAAUCAAGUGCUCACCACAGUCCCAGUGCCCCCAGUCUCCCCAGUGUUGUCCUAUAAAGAACACCAGUCCUGAACAUGCUCCUAGAAAGACUGGAAACAGUCACUAAAACCCAACAGGUAAAGGAAGGCAUCUCACUUCUUUCCAGCUGCUUUGCAUCUCAAAGAUAAGAAGGCACCUGAGCAUUGGAGGUCAUGGGAAAUUUUAUCACUUACGGCAAGAACCAAGCCAAUAGUACUUCUGUUCCUUCCCUCCAUAUGGGGAAGGGGAUUCAACUUCUACGUGAGCAGCAUGGGGCAGUGGGAUUGAUCCUGCUCUCUGUUUUGUUGCUUUUGGUUACCAGCUCAGGGGUUAAAAAACUACUUCCUCUUGCCAGUUGAAACAAUUACAGCUAUUACAUCAACAAUGGCAAGUCUGCUAUGAAAUGCCCUUUAAGCUCCUGCUGAUGGAAUGUAUUCAGUGUGUUUUAUGAUUUCACCACUGAGUUUCCGGGUUACUGAUCUGAUUUCCUUGAGCCUCUUUUAUCACAAUUCUUCAUGAAGACCUCAACACAGAGAGAGAGGGUGGGUGCAUACAUGCUCUUGUAAAAACCCCAAGAUUUCUUCUGCAGCAGCAACAUGUGACCGGAGUCUGUGAGGAGCAGAAAGGGAAGGAAUGAAACUGUUCGCUUCCCAAAGGACUGCUGGCAUUCCCAUUUCUGACAAUGUGCCUAAUUGUUUUUAAGGAUUUAUUCCUGUAUUCCACCAAAGUCUCAGGACAGCUUGCAGGAAAUUGUGGUAAAAGGAAUGCAGAGAUGUCAGUACAAAAGCAGUCAGCGAAAACUGAACAAAUACAAGAGAUCAAAAGCAAUUAAUAAAAGACCCAUUAAAUGAUGUGUCAUGAUCAGGUGCCAAAAUUACAUCAGGUCAGAUUCUGAAAGACAGCUGGAGAAACAGAAGUGUACAAGGUAGUUACAGAAAUGGAAGUGCAGCAGAACUGACAGCUCGCCCCUCAUUUCCUCCUCGCCGCUCAUCUGUCCGGGCGGCCCAGUCCUUCCAAGGCCAUGGACUAGGACUGGUCCAAAAUCCGGGGGUUGGGGGGCUCCGUAUUGUAGGAUCUUAUGUAUUAUGUAUGUGUUUCACUGUGUAGUACGGAACUGUAGAAUUGAACACCGGCAAAUUAAAAAAAAAGGUUGGAAUGUGGAUUUAUCUGUAGGAUACUAAGAAUUGUUUGGACUGAGAAGCAUGACUAUUAGGCUGCUAAACUGUGUCUGGAGUAUUGUUGCAGCUGAUCAUCAUGAGUAAGAUAAAUAGGGAAAGCAUUUCAGGAGGAAAGAGUUUGCUGGGUUUGGGCUGCCCUGCGGCUUCUGGGAGCAGGAAGGAGUG